AUGUCCGCCGUUGUCGAAGCCACCGAGCCAGAUCCGCGCCGCCACCGAGCGAGGGAGGGAGUCUGGGCCCGCGCCACCGUGCUGAGCGACGGCGUGGCCGCCUUCCCUGCCCUGUAUCCGCGGCCACCUUCUCUGCCCUGGAUCCACGCCGCCGUGUUGAGCGAACGAGGGAGGGAGCUAGAUCCGGCCACCCCGCUCGCACCGGCGCUAGCCGCCGCCUCCGCGGGUGGGGGUCGCCCCGCCAUGGAUUCGCACCGCCGACGCUGGUGGGGGCCGGCCCGCCCUGGAUCCGCGUCGCGGGAGACAGCUGCCAGAGAGUUGGUUUGCAUGGGGUGUGUCUCCUCCAAGGAGUCCAAACGACCUCCCGGAUAUGUGGAUCCCAAUAUCUUGGCUAAAGAGACUACCUUUUCUGUCAAUGAAGUGGAGGCCCUCUAUGAGCUUUACAAGAAGAUAAGCUAUUCCAUAUUUAAAGAUGGCCUAAUUCACAAGGAGGAGUUCCAGCUUGCUCUCUUCAGGAACAGCAACAAGAAGAAUCUUUUCGCCGAUCGGAUAUUUGAUCUGUUUGAUCUGAAGCGCAAUGGUGUGAUUGAUUUUGAGGGGUUCGUUCGGUCCCUCAGCAUUUUCCACCCAGAUACGCCGAUGGCAGAAAAGAUCGCCUUUGCAUUUCGGCUAUAUGAUCUGAGAGGUACUGGAUUCAUUGAACGCGAAGAGUUGAAGGAAAUGGUGCUGGCCAUUCUGAAUGAAUCAGAAUUACUUCUUUCUGACGAUGCUGUCGAACAAAUUGUUGAUCAGACUUUCAAGCAAGCAGACAUGAACGACGACGGGAAGAUAGAUCCUAAUGAAUGGAAGGUGUUCGCAAGUAAAAACCCAGCUCUUCUCAAGAACAUGACGCUUCCCUAUCUAAAGGACAUAACCAUGGCGUUUCCCAGCUUUGUUCUCAACUCUGGAGCUAGUGAUGAAGAGUUGUAG